CAGGAAUUCCAGAAGAGAUUGGGAAAUUGCAGAAGCUUAAGGUGUUGAAUAUAGAGCAUAAUCAUCUGACGGGGACAAUUCCGUUGUCUCUCUUCAACGUUUCGACCUUACAAGCUAUUGGACUGACCGACAAUGACUUGUCUGGCGAGCUUCCAGCGGAUUUCUGCCAUUACCUUCCCGACCUGGAAGGCCUCUUCUUGUCUGGCAACCAAUUGGAGGGACCAAUCCCGUCCUCCAUCGGCAGAUGCUCCAAGCUUUGGCUUCUUUCUCUUUCGUUCAAUAGAUUCGUUGGCCAGAUUCCCGCAGAAAUAGGAAACUUGACCAGCCUUCAGGAGAUCAAUCUUAGCAAUACUAAUAUCACAGGUCCAAUUCCACACGAGAUGGUUAAUCUUGUCAAUCUGGAAAAUAUGAUUCUCUGGCGCAAUGGCCUCACUGGACCUAUUCCAAAUGAUAUUUGGAAUUCUUCCUCUCUCAUUUAUGUAGAUCUUAGCGAGAACAACUUUACGGGUGCUAUCCCGGAGGAACUUGGCAAGCUUCAGAAUUUAGAGAGAUUGCAACUUAGUUUCAAUUUAUUAACUGGCUCUAUUCCUGAAUCAAUAUUCAACUCCUCCAAAUUGCAAAUACUUUCAUUGGUCAACAACCAGCUUUCUGGCAAUCUGCCACCAAAUUUAGGUCUUUCUGCCCCCAAUCUUGAAGAAAUAUAUUUGGGCAGAAAUCAGUUUAGUGGUUUCAUCCCAAACUCCAUCUCCAAUGCUUCAAAUCUGAUCCAUCUAGACCUCUCUAAAAAUCAGUUCAGCGGUCCAAUUCCUAGCUCACUUGGUGAUUUGAGGCUACUUCAAAAUGUAAUAUUGCUGGAGAACAACUUUACUGGUGACCCUUCUUCUCACGAGUUGAAAUUCCUCGUUUCCUUGACAAACUGUAGGUACUUGAUAAAAUUAUGGAUAGCUGGAAAUCCUCUAAAUGGAAUUCUCCCAUCUUCCAUUGGCAACCUCUCCACGUCUCUCCAAAGCUUUUAUUUCUAUGAUUCUGGAAUUAUGGGCAAGAUCCCUCUAGAAAUUGGUAACUUGACAAGAUUAGAGUCUUUAUCUUUUUUCAACAACAAUCUGACUGGUUCACUUCCAGGGACUCUCAAGGAACUAAGAAACCUCCAAGCCUUGAGUGCCAAUAAUAACAGGUUAAAAGGAUCCAUUCCCAAAUGGAUUUGUGAUUUAGGGACAUUAAGCUUGCUAACCUUAGAGAGAAAUGAGUUUUCUGGCCCGUUGCCGGCUUGUUUGGCAAAUAUCAGCUCUCUUAGGCAAUUCUCUGUAUCUUCAAAUAGACUAGUUUCCGACGUUCCUCCAAGCAUUUUUAGUCUUCCCGACCUUUUGGUGCUUGAUUUGUCAAACAAUUCAUUUAGCGGGUAUCUGUCUGCGGAUAUUGGGAAUCUAAAAGCUGCUGUAGCUAUAGACAUAUCCUAUAACAAACUCUCGGGUGAAUUGCCGGGCACAAUUGGAGGUCUAACGAACUUGAUUGAACUUUCUUUAUCAGAUAACAAAUUCCAAGGGCCUAUUCCGGAGUCACUUGGUAACAUGCUGAGUUUGGAAUACCUAGAUCUAUCCGAAAACGAACUUUCAGGUGUUAUUCCCAAAUCUCUGGAGGCACUUGUUUAUCUCAAGUCCUUUAAUGUUUCUUUCAAUCACUUGAUAGGAGAAAUUCCUUCAAAAGGGCCUUUCCUAAACUUCAGUAAUGCAUCAUUUGUGGGCAAUGAAGCAUUAUGUGGAUCUUCCAUCCUGCAACUGCAAUACCCCCCAUGCCCGAUCAGUUCUCCUCCUCAGAAGAAAAAACACACCCAUCUUAUUAUUCUAUACAUUCUUUUGCCAAUUGGCGUGGUGGUGUUGUUGUUUAUUGUUUUCUUAGUAAUGCUUAGAACAUGGUCUCAACGGUCAAAGAAAAAGAUUGAUCAGCAAGGCGGUCUCCCCUCACCUCUAAAGCCUCUUGAAAGGAUAUCAUACGAUAACCUGUUUCGUGCCACCGAAGGAUUCAGUCACAGCAACUUGAUCGGAGUUGGCGGGUAUUCUUCAGUGUAUAAAGGGCUGCACAGAGACGGAACUACCAUAGCGGUAAAGGUAUUCGACCUGAAGGUGGAAGGGGGUUUUAAGAGCUUUGAUACCGAAUGCGAGGUGUUGAAAAGCAUUCAACACCGAAAUAUUGUGGGAGUGUUGACUAGUUGUUCUAGACCCGAUUUCAAGGCACUUGUGAUGGAAUAUAUGCCAAAUGGGAGUCUUGAUAAGUGGUUGUACUCUCACAACUAUUUCUUGGACACGUUAAAGAGACUAGAUAUAAUGAUCGAUGUGGCUUGUGCUUUGGAAUAUCUGCAUUACGGGUUUAUAAGUCCGUUGGCACACUGUGAUUUGAAGCCUGGAAAUGUUCUUCUCGACCAAGACAUGGUAGGUCACAUAAGUGACUUUGGCAUUUCUAAGCUUUUAAGUGUGGAUGUUAGUAUUGCUCAAACCGGGACACUGGCUACAAUUGGAUAUAUUGCCCCAGAAUAUGGGAGGGAAGGUUUGGUUUCCAUAAAAUGUGAUGUGUACAGCUAUGGAAUCAUGCUUAUGGAAACAUUUACAAGAACAAGGCCAACAGAUGAGAGGUUUGAUGAGGAGAAAGGGUUAAGUUUGAAGAAAUGGGUGAAGGAUUCUUCAGUAGAGGAGAUAAUAGAUGCCAAUUUGGUGAAGAUGGAGGGAAAGAACAUAAAUGGUAAUCUGGAAUGUGUAUCAGCCAUUAUGGAUUUGGCUUUGGCUUGCUCUGCUGAAUCUCCUGGAGAGAGGGUUGACAUCAAACUGGCCCUGAUGAGUCUGAGGAAGAUCAGACUGAUGUUUAUUGGGUAACAUUAUGUAAUAUGAUCCAACUUUGAUUAAUUAUGUGUUAGAUUCUUUAAUCUAUAUGUUUAUUCCUUUAAGUCUAUAAUUCUAAUAUUCUUUGUCGAUAAAUUCAAAAAUGAAAUUCUUAUUGU